CAUCAACGCCAAGGAUCCGCUGCUUACUUACUCCAUCCGUACCCUCUUCCCGUCAAUGUAACCCCCCACCCCAAAAAGAACCUCGAUCCACCAAACCCAUACUCUACAUUAGACAUCACUCACACCAAACCUCCAAAUCAACCCCACAAACCACUGAUUCAGUCUACAUCGCUACCUCUCACCGCCUUUUCUCCUCCUCGUCAAACUAACCAUCUAUGCGAAUCGAGUAAGUACCUUACACAAAGUACGCAAACCGCGGAGAGAGACAAAGGUAUACCGGUGUGUGUGUGUGUGCAUGUAUGCCAUUGGCCAUUCCCAUCGGGCCGAACAAAGAAGGCGCGGCAGUUCUUGCCUUAUCGCUCAGCUCGCCUGCAAGCCUAG